UUUUUAUUCCCAUUUAAUUGAUUCACAUUUUAUACAACUUAACAAUGAUGGUUAUGGUAAUUUUAAUAUUUAUUUCGGUCGUUUUGUUUCAAUUGUUUUACAAGCAUAAACAUUAUAAAAAGUAUAAGGAUUUCUACAAUUUACCAACACCAUUUUAUUGUCCUAUAAUUGGAAAUACAUAUAAAAUGGUUAACAAAAACAUAUUAAUUUUUAUUAAUGAACUUUUAAAAAAAUAUGGAAAUCCCUGUGUUUGUUAUUUUCCACACAAAACAUACAUAACAAGCAAGCCAGAAGAGAUAAAAAUACUUUUAAACCAUCCCAAUGUAUUGGAAAAAAGCUUGGAGUAUAACCAUUUAAAAAUAUAUCUCAAGAAAAGUUUGAUGCUAGCACCAGUGGAUGACUGGAGGAGACAAAGAAAAAUGAUUUCAAAGAGUUUUAAAAUAAAAAUAUUGGAAUCGUUUGUGGGGAGGUUCUAUUUAAAAAGCGAAAAUUUGUUAAAAAUGAUAGAGCAGAACAAAUUUAAUAAUGAUGUUUACACUUUAUUUAGAGAAUUCACGUUGGAUGCAUUUUGUGAAGCCAGUAUCGGUAUAAAAUCAAAUAUAAUGGGAAACAAAAAUCAUAAGUUUCUAAGUGGUGUAAAAGAAGCCCAACGCUUGGCAUUUACCAGAAUUGGAAAUAUAAUAAAACAGAAUGAUUUGUUAUUUUCAUUUAUGACCGAUGGUAAACUAAUGAAGAAAAAAAUUACAGAUAUGCAUGAAUUUAUUUCCGGCGUUAUUUUAGAGAAGAGAAAAAAUAGAGAUCAAAUAAAUGAAGAUCCACAUAACCUUCCACUUCUAGAUUUAUUAUUGCAAGAAUCCCAUGAAAAAAAAUUAACAGAUGAUUACAUACAGGAGGAGAUGAUCAUGUUUGCAUCUGCGGCUACAAAUACUACAGCACAUACCAUAGCUUUUACAUGUUGUUUAUUAGGAAUGCACCAAGAAAUUCAAGAAAAAGUUUACGAAGAAGUAAUGACAGUAAUAGGUCCUGAUAAGGAAAUAGAUAAAUACCAUUUAGGAUUGUUAAAAUAUACAGAAAUGACAAUAAAUGAAGUAAUGAGAUUGUGUCCUGUUGUUCCAAUGGUAGCAAGAAAAACAACUGCUGAUAUAGACUUGGAAAAUAAAAUUAUACCUGCCAAUACUGGAGUUAUCUUAAAUUUUUUUUGCUUGCACAGAGAUGAAAACAUAUAUUUAAAUCCACUCAUUUUUGAUCCCAAAAGAUUUUCUUCUGAAGAAAUUGCAAAAAGGCCUGAAUAUUCUUUUUUGCCAUUUUCUGGAGGACCCAGAAAUUGCAUAGGUUUCAAAUACGCAAUGAUGCUUAUGAAAACAACCAUCGCAAAUAUAGUACGGAAAUUUAAGAUAACAUCAAGACAUAAAUCGGUUAAUGAUUUUAAGCUUAUUUCUAAUGUUGUUAUGACUACCACACAUCCAUUAAAUUGUAAAUUUAAUUUAAGAUAAUAAAAUACAUAAUUACUAUUUUAAAGUUUC